ACAGAGAGAGCAGACACCACACUGCAGAGGAGCUCUGCUAGAAGGGCGGCGCUGCACGCUGUGUCCAGAGGGGGCGCUGCACGCUGUGUCCAGAGGGGGCGCUGGCGUCCUCGGCACACGCUUUCUAGCGGAGGGAGGGGGCGCCCGAGAGUCACACGCACGCUGAAUAACUUGUUUUCUGUCAGUCGCAGAGGAAGCCAUGGAUAGCGAUGAUGAGAACGUGGAGGAGACGGUAGAAGGCCUCCUGGAUGACGAUGGCCUGCCUCAUGGAUUCUGCACUGUCACCUACAGCUCCACUGACCGUUUUGAGGGACACUUUGUACAUGGGGAGAAAAAUGGUCGUGGGAAAUUCUUUUUCUUUGAUGGAAGUACUUUGGAAGGCUUCUAUGUUGAUGAUGCCUUACAAGGACAAGGGAUAUACACGUAUGAGGAUGGUGGGGCUCUACAUGGUACAUAUGUUGAUGGAGAACUGAAUGGGCCAGCGCAGGAAUAUGACGCAGAUGGAAAAUUAAUAUUUAAAGGUCAAUAUAAAGACAACAUACGGCAUGAAGUCUGUUGGAUUUACUAUCCAGAUGGAGGAUGCCUUGUGGGAGAAGUCAACGAAGAUGGGGAGAUGACUGGUGAGAAGAUUGCUUAUGUUUACCCAGAUGGAAAUACUGCCCUCUGUGGAAAGUUUAUUGAUGGAGAAAUGUUAGAGGCAAAAUUGGCUACUGUUGCAUCUGUGGAGGAAGGAAAGCCAUACUUUGAGAUGGUCACUGGUAGUAAUAUUUAUACAUUUGAUAAGUCUACUUCAUCCUGCAUUUCUACAAGUCCUUUGCUUCCGGAUCCCUAUGAAAUAGAAAGAGUGUACGUAGCCAUGUCUAUGAUUUCCAAUGCUGGAGAAGGUCUAUAUGCUAAAAUAAACGUAGGCCCUCGUACUGUGAUGUCUUUUUAUAAUGGUGUGCGGAUUACACAUCAAGAGGUUGACAGUAGAGACUGGUCCUUAAAUGGCAACACAAUUUCUUUAGAUGAUGAAACUGUCAUUGAUGUACCAGAUCCUUACAAUCUGACUACCAAAUAUUGUGCAUCCUUGGGACAUAAGGCCAACCACUCUUUUUCCCCUAAUUGUAUUUAUGACACGUUUGUUCACCCAAGAUUUGGACUUAUCAAGUGUAUCCGAACCAUUACGGCGGUGGAAAAGGAUGAGGAACUUACAGUGGCCUAUGGCUACGACCACAACUCUGCAGGGAAAAAUGGCCCAGAAGCACCAGAAUGGUAUCAACAACAGCUGAAGGAAUUUGAGCUAACUCAGCAGAAGUGAGCAGUCACUCUUUUCUGGGCUUUGGGUUACUGGAUCUAUGCAUUCUGUUUUUACUGAAGAUUUCUGGACGUUCAGAAGGCCUCUCAGAAUCACAAUAGACUAAUCUUCAUCUUGUGAUGUCACUUGUAGUGAAAACACACACAAGCAUUGUGACUGUGUCUUACACUUGAUAAAGAUAUUUCAUUACUAGGCAAACAUUGUGUGGGUAAAUAUUUUAUUUUUCAGUAAUAACUUUUAUAGGCAUCAGAAAGCUGGAGGGAAAUAAGGCAUAUGUGUAUAUACAACUUUCCAUGUAUAUGCCUUUUUGAUGUUUACAAGGUAACUGCAUUUUAGUUUUAUGCAAUACACUAUAAAGCUGUAGUGUAAAUUUGAGCUCAUAGUACAUGCAAAAUGGAGGAGGGAGAAUACGUGUCUUUAAAACAAUGUGACACAUUUUAUAUCAACAAAAAAGAGAGAGAAAGUCUUUAUAAGAUUUAUUUAUUUAUAUCUUUGGUGGAAUGGUAUAAGCAGGUAUGGGGGAUAAAAGACUAGAGAACUUUUCGUAUACUUUUUGUAUCAAGUUGUCAAGUGUCGUGUGUUAUGCAGACAGUACAUGUUUAGCAAAGUAGAAGUAUUCAUAGUAAAAACAUAAAAAAAAAUAAUGCACUUAAAUUCUACUGUGAGCUCCAAAGCUUUUGUGAAUGUACUUGGCCACAAAUGAAAGAAAAACGUGUAAAAUGGUUUCCUUACAUCAAGAGAUCUAGGCGUGUUUGAAUGAAUUUGCCUCAAGUUGGGCUGCUACUUGUCCCUGAACUGGCAUGUCAUACUUUGAGCAUAUGAUCGUAAUCAUGGGGCCCCAUACACCCUUAAAGAGGAACUAUGGAAAAAAGUAGAAAACAACUGGUGCCAGAAAGUUAAACAGAUAUGUAAAUUACUUACAUUGCUCUCUGCUGACACCCCUGUCCGUGUCAGGAACUGUCCAGAUUAGAAGCCUAUCCCCAUAGAAAACCUAUCCUGCUCUGGACAGUUUCUGACACUGACAGAGGUGUCAGCAGAGAGCACUCUGGUCAGGUUGGAAAGAACUUCACAAAUUUCUCUGUAGCAUAUCUAUAAUAUACAGCUGCUAAUAAGUACUGGAAGGAUAAAGAUUUUUUAAGAGAAGUAAUUUACAAAUCUGUUUAACUUUCUGGCACCAGUUCAUUAAAAAAAAAAAAGUUUUCCACCGGAGUACCCCUUUAAGAUGCCAAGAGUGUCCUUCUGGCAUCAGUCAGGCACAUGUAUCUCUGUGUGUAUUUAGCUCUUCAAAUACAUUGCAGAAGGAGCUUUGUAUGUGGCUUACUUAACAUUUUCUUUGUAUUGUGAAAUAAUUGUUACAAUAAUUCAGUCUGUAUGCUAUAGUAAGGUUUUGGAAGGAUAGACUGACGGUUUGCUAUGACAGCAUCUACUAUUUCUUCUUCUUUAGACAGUUUAUGGGCUGACCUAUAAGCUUGCUCUUGAUAGUACACUGAUAAAAGUAGUACUGUAGCCUUUGACUCCCUGUUGACUCUGCCAUUGUCUCCUUACUGCGUAUAGUCACAAUGAUCUACUAAAGAUGUUUGCAUAUUUGUUGGUAGAUAUUUUAGCUUAUUUUAUUAUACAUUUAUAUUAUGGCUAGGCUCUCUACGGUUUUUGGUUCUUUUCAAAGUCAAUGAAUGUGCUGAUCCUUACAUAAUCUCACACUUUAUACUGCUGUUACUCUCAAGGUUCACAUACUCAGGUCAGCAUCAAGCCAAUAGUGUUCUUCUGGUCAAAGCCCUUGGUUUAUAGGAGAAACUGCAGGUAUCCACACCAGGUUACAUAUGUAUAAGCAGUUAAAAAUCUGAUACAGAUUUACUCAUAUAAAUGGGCACUGUCAGAUACAAAAACUUUUGCUAUGUUGUAAAGCAUGCAAAGCCAAUAGGUUUUGCAAUUGCUCUCAUUUAGAACAUUUUCUGCAUUUCAUACUGAAAAAGCCAGUCAAACAUCUGCCCCCCCCCCCCCUGCCUGCUUGGACACAUACUAAUCCUGCUGUGUCCAUGUGUCAUCACCUAUGUCAUGGACGCACUUCCUUGAUUGACAGCUGGUAGGGUUCAUAGCUGUAGGAAAAAUCCUCCCAUUGUCAGCUUGUGACCCACUGCUGUCAGUGAGGACAAGCCGGGAGUUGUAGUUUUGCUAAUGCUAGGGGAGAUGUGAGCAGACAGCAUACUGAGGGAGGGGGUGGAGACCUGCACAGUGAGGCCACGCCCCCUCCCUUUUCAGAGGAAUUCAGACUAGUGAGCUAAAUUAAAAAUGUAAUAAAAAAAUAAAAUAAAGGUGCUAGACACGUAAAAAUUAGAUGUACAUGGUCAGGAUUAGGUACUGAGUGAUAUAUUUAAAAAAAAACUUUUUGUUGGAUCUGAUGGGUACGCUUUAACAGGUUUUAUAAUCUGGGGCAGUGCUACAUAUUAAUGUAUUGUAUGAUUGAGAUUCUGUUUCAUGGUCUGUGUUAAAAAUUUGCAAAUAUAAAUGUUUUCAUUCUGCUACAGUUUUAUUAAGUUCAAGUUGAAGACAAAUGUUCCCUUGUUUUAGGAAUAAAACAAAUGAAUGUGUUAAAA